AUGGAGUUUAAUUCCCUGGAAGAUUUAAUCACUUAUUAUAAGGAAUAUGGUAAGAAAUGCGGAUUUGGGGUGAUGACAAAAAGGACUGAGAUGGGAGAUGAUGAAACUGUUAGAUAUGUCACAUUUGCUUGUGCUCGUGGUGGGAAGGCCCGGAAUAGGACUUUGAAUGUCGUCAAUCCACAUCCAACAGGAAAGACGGAAUGUAAGGCAAAGAUCAAUGCGUUAAAAACUGAGGGAAAGUUUCGGUUGACUACAGUUCAUAACAUCCAUAACCACAGCCUCAGUCCAAAGAAAUCUUGGUUCUUUCAAUGUAAUAGAAAAGUGAGUGAUGCUGUAAAAAGGGUCUUAGAUACAAAUGAUUUGGCUGGCAUCAGAAUGAAUAAGAGUUUUGGAUCUCUUGUUGUUGGUGGCGGUAGGUUUGAGAACCUCCCAUUUUUGAAAAAGGAUUGUCGUAAUUAUAUAGAUAAGGCAAGACAUCUAAGACUUGGCGCAGGUGGUGCAGGAGCGCUUCAAGAGUAUUUUUCACGUAUGCAAUACAAAAAUCCUGAGUUUUUUUCAUUAAUGGAUUUGGAUGAUGACAGGAGAUAUGGGAUGCCCUCUGCACUAUUUGUUGGUGUAAACCAACAUGGGCAAUCAAUUCUGUUGGAAGCAGGCUUGAUUUCUAGUGAGGAUAUUGAGACCUUUGUGUGGUUAUUCCAAACCUGGCUGCAGUGCAUGGAUGGUAUACCUCCGAAAGCUAUAAUCACUGAUCAAGACAGAGUCAUGAAAAAUGCAAUCGCUAUUGUUUUUCCCAUAAGCCGACAUAGAUUUUGUCUGUGGCAUAUAUUGAAGAAAGUUCCUGAAAAGCUUGGCUCUUAUGGAUCAUACAAAAGUGGAAUGAAAAGUGACUUAAUGAAAUGUGUGUAUGACACCCAAAGCGUUGAAGAUUUUGAGAAAUAUUGGGAUAAUUUAAUUACCACUUACAACUUGCAUGAGAAUGUGUGGUUGCAAAGUUUAUACACUGAGCGUGAGCAUUGGGUUCCAGCAUUCUUAAAGGAGUAUUUUUGGACUGGAAUGAAUACGACGCAGCGGAGUGAGAGCAUGAAUGCCUUCUUUGACGGUUAUGUUCAUGCUAAGACAAACUCGAAAGAAUCUCCGACUGAGAAGAGGUUUCAAGAUUUGUACACGAAUGCUAAAUUCAGGGAAGUUCAACAGAAGGUUACUGGCAUCAUCGAUAUGGAUCCAAAGUUACUUAAGAGGGAUGGUGCAAUACAUACCUAUUUGCUAGAGAAUGAAGUUCGUUUGGAAGAGUUCACUAAGAUGAUGACGCAUUAUGUGGACUUUACUGAGGAAGAUGCAUCUGCAAAGUGUUCUUGUGGUUUAUUUGAGAUGGGGGGCAUAUUGUGUCGGCAUAUUUUGACCAUUAUCACUCAUGCAACGGGUUUGAAAUCUAAUACUGAGGAUGCAACUACUAAGUUAUAUGCGAUGAUUGACUUGUAUAGUGCCAAUCAAGAACCCCCAUCGAUGACCCAAACGGGUUCCAAUGUCGGUUGUACAACAAAGGACACAACCACAAUUGGUAGUUCUAAGCAAGUGCUCAGUCCAAGUGUUGUGCGAGGGAAAGGCAGACCCCCAUCUCUAAGAAGAGCAUCCAGGAUGGAGAAUGACAUGCGGAAAGCUAAAGUAAAGACAAAAAGCACACCCGGAAAUGGAAAACGUAAAGAGCACAAUGAAGGAGAUACACCAGUUGUAAGACAAAUAUGCAGGAAUUUAUUCCUUACUCCAGAGAUCGAUAUGUCAAGUGUUGGUGGCGUCCAGACUAUUCCAGAAAGCACAGCUAUUGACAUCAAUGGAACCCAAAACCAAGAAACAAUGUUUCAAAGUCAAGAAAGUCUACAAUUUGGGUUGGAUGGAUCACAACCAAAGUGCGGAUGGAUCACAACCAAUGCACUUUGGGUUGGAUGCAUCAUGAAGUUUGUGAUAGAGGUUGGACACCCUAAGAAGGGUCGUCCUGGAUUUUUUGUAGUAUUUGAGAAUUUUAGUGUGGCUUCCACAUCACAGAAGCAGAAUGGUAUGCCCACAGUGUGUUUAGUAAAGGAUGGGCCAAACGUUGUUGAUGAUGACGACGACGACAUUCUAAGAUGA